GCGCCAGCAGGCGGAACUGACGUCGCAGCAAGACAGCAGCGUGGAUGCUGAGAGCGGGCUCUGAACAAGGAAUAUCCUGAGAGAUACCGGUACUAGGGUGCAGAGCAGUACUCCGAGAGAAGGGGCUGGUACACUGGUACACCAGGGGCAGAGUGGCACUCUGUGAGAGGGGCACCGGGGGCAAAGUGGACUUCUGAGAGAGUGGUAGAGGGGCACCGGGGGCAGAGUGACACUCUGAGAGAGGGACACCAGGGGGCAGAGUGACACUCUGAGAGAGGGGCACCAGGGGGCAGAGUGGCACCCUGACAGAAGUGGGCUUUGACAGAGUGACAUCCCAACAGAGCAGUACAUUGAUAGAGGGGCAUCAGGGACAAAGCAGAAUUCAGAAACAGAGUGGCAGUGGGGACAGAGCAGCUGACCGGCACCUAGACCAGAGACCUGCAGAGACAACACUGAGAUCUUGUGUGGAAAAUAAUCGUGAUGUCGGGAAUAACAAAGUUAAGUCAAAAGCGACCAUUUUCAGAAGAUGAUGAUUCAUUUCUUAAUGCAACUUCAGAAUCUGAUUCUGAAGAGGAGGAGGAAGAAUGGAUUCCAAAAAAUAAAAUUGCAAGGAAACCAAAGAAAUCUACAGCAAGACCAAUGAUUGCAAAAAGGCAAGUCAAGUCUAAAGCAGGAAGUACAGAUAUAAAAAAGACAUCGGUGAAAAGAUCUCCAAAAAAGACAGCAGUUAAAAAGAACAGGAAAAAUACACCAGAAAAGACCAAAGUGGAUCCUACUGUAAUGGGUCAACCAACAGUAUUGAAUAACAAUGAAGAUAAAUUAUCUUUGCAAAUUAAGCAAAAUUUUAAAAACGUGGAACAGAUGACUCCGCAACCUGCAAUACAAAUUAAAAAAGAAAAUGAACAUUGUGUGGUUAAGGUGGAGCAACCAUCAACAAGCACAUAUUUGGAUAACAGGAAAAUCAAGGAAGAACCGGAUGUGUCUUUCACAUGGGAGGAACCAGCUUUAAAAAAGCAGAAGACUGAGAAUUGUCCAGUUGGGAAACCAGUAAAACUACAAAGAGGAUGUGUAGAAAUUGGGGAAACGCAAAUGAACUGGAAUAUAACCCAGGUUUUGUCUGAGAGGACAAACACAGAUGCAUGGGCAUGUGCAAAUGUCAUUCGUCUAUUUAAGGAAGAAAACACUAUUCCAUUUAUUGCCCGAUAUCGAAAAGAGCUUACCAACAACAUGGAUGCUGAUACUUUGCGAGAAGUACAACAGACACUUGAAGAAUUGACCACAGUAAUAAAGAAAGCACACACAGCCAUCCAGAAAUUAGCAAAAGAAGAAAAACUUACAUCAUUUUUAAAUAAAGCUUUGUUGAACUGCCAGACUGUGGAAGAAGUGGAACAUGUGUUUGCUCCUUAUAAAAGUGGAAGUAAGAAGACAAAAGCUCAGCAGGCACGUCAGCUUGGCUUAGAACCGGCAGCAAAUCUACUAAUUGACUGUCCGGGAGAACUUAAUCUGAAUAAUUACAUUAAAGCAAACAUAAAAGGUCUUUCAAAUGUGGGAGAAAUAGAGACAGGAAUUCAGCACAUAUUAGCAGAUAUGAUGUCUAAAGAUACAGAAACAUUGAACUAUGUCCGGAAAUUGUGUGAACAAAAUGUUGCUUUUAUUCAGUCAACUUUGACAAAAGCAACUACAAAAGAAAAGGAUGGACACAAAAAAGAUACUGAGAAAUUCCGUCUCUAUCAUAAUUUCAGCUGCAGCAUCAGAAACAUCCAUCAUCAUCAGAUUCUGGCCAUUAACCGAGGGGAAAAAUUGAAAAUCCUGACAGUGAAGGUCAGCAUUCCUGACAGAGUGAAAAAUGAGUUCUGUAGAUGGUGCAUCAAUGAAAGAUGGAGACCACGGUACUUUGCAAGGCCUGAAUUGAUGAAACUCUUGAAGGAUUCUGCUGAAGAUUCAUAUAAACGUCUCAUAUAUCCACUUCUGUGCAGAGAAUUCAGGUCCCGCUUAAGCACAGAUGCUGAGAAGGAAUCUGUUGCAAUGUUUGGGAGAAACCUUCGACAGCUUCUUUUGAUUAAUCCUGUACGUGGCCGAAUUCUGAUGGGGAUUGAUCCUGGCUUUAAGCAUGGCUGUAAAAUAUCAAUAAUUUCAGCUACAGGCCAAAUACUUCACACUGAUGUGAUUUACAUACAUGGUCCAGGAGCGCAGCGAGAAGCUGAAAAGAUAAGGCAUUUGCUUCAUAAUUACAGCUGUUCGACCAUCGUUAUUGGUAAUGGAACUGCUUGCAGGGAGACAGAAUCUUUCUUAGCUGACUUGAUUAACAGGAAAUAUUUUGCUCCACUGGAUGUUGUCUACUGUAUUACCAAUGAAGCUGGAGCGUCCAUCUACAGCGUCAGUCCAGAGGCUGCUAAAGAGAUGCCAGACCUGGAUCCCAAUAUCAGAAGUGCAGUCUCCAUAGCAAGGCGUGUUCAGGAUCCACUAGCUGAGUUGGUGAAAAUUGAGCCAAAACACAUUGGAGUUGGAAUGUACCAGCAUGAUGUGUCCCAGACUUUACUUAAAGCCACCUUGGACAGUGUGGUUGAAGAAUGUGUCAGCUUUGUGGGAGUGGAUAUCAACAUCAGCUCGGAAACCCUUAUGAGACACAUUGCAGGACUCAACGCUAGUAGAGCAAAAAAUAUAAUUGAAUGGCGGGAGAAGAAUGGACCAUUCAUCAACAGAGAACAACUGAAGGAAGUCAAAGGGUUGGGUCCAAAAACAUUUCAACAAUGUGCUGGUUUCAUUCGAAUUAAUCCAGAAAACAUAAAAAACUUUUGCAGCAAUCAACAGAAGUCUAAUAACGCCACGGGAGGUCAACCAGCAGCUGAAGCAGGAAGCAGUUCCAAAGCAGGUGGCGGAGGGGGAGCAACUGGGAAAACUAGUAAAAAGAAGGGAAAAAGCCAGGGCACUUCAAUGCACCCAAAUCCUUUAGAUCAGACAUGUAUCCAUCCUGAAUCGUAUAAUACAGCAACGAGGUUCUUAUCCUUCAUCAUUGGAGAUCUGUCUGACAUUGGCAGGCCUGUUAUGCAGUGCAAUGUGAAUGCAGUGCUGAAAGCCCAUUCAAUGGAGAUCUUAGCUGAAAAGUUUGAGACAACUGUACCAACACUGCAGAUGAUUAUUGAUGGACUGGUACAACCUCACGACUAUGAUAUUAGAGCAGGAUUUGAGCAGCAGGAUUUUAAAAGGAACAUUGUUUCUCUUAAUGACUUGAGAACUGGAACUGUUUUAACUGGAAGAGUGGAAAAUGCUACUCUCUUUGGUGUCUUUGUUGACAUUGGUGUUGGUCGAUCUGGUCUGAUCCCGAUUCGGUACAUUACAGCAGACAAGCUGCCCGCGACUACAAGACGUCGAAGUCUAGGUCUUGGACCGGGUGAAAGGGUGGAAGUUAAAGUGCUAGAGAUUGACCACACAAGAAAUCGUAUUUCAUUGGAUCUUAUUCGAGUUUUGUAAACAGAUCAAAUUUCUUUAGUCAAAUUCUUAGAUUUUUCAUUUUUUCCCACCUUGGAUUGGUAGAAUUCACUGCUGUUCCCUCUGAUGAACCUUAGCUUCUCAGCCCCUUUGUCAUGUUGUCACUAAUGCUGCAGUGCACAGCAUCAUCUCAUAAUAUUUAAAGGACCUUUUUUUUGUUUAUCACGUACAUGUUGAAAAUUUAAAAAUUGAUAUGAGAAAAUGUAUUAUUUGCAGCAUGAAUAGCCACCCAAAUUUGUGCAUGGACACAGCUUUACUGACCAGUUUGUGUAUUUGAGAGUAUAAGGCUUCAGCAGUAUUUAAUUCAGUUACCCUAAGAUUACACAACUAGUUCUCAUCAUGUCUGUAAUCUGUCCAUGUACAAGUGUUUAUUGCUUAAAAACUUAACAACAUCAUUACCACUCAUGUCUGUGGAUCUGAUCAAAGAGACUGAAUUUACGCAACAGGCUGCAUUGUCAGAAUAGUACCACUAGAAUUUGAUAUAUUUCACAAACACUGUACAAAAAUCAUCCAAAUUUUAAAAGUUUCCCUUGAUGUCAGCCUUCAGUUUUAAUUCAGAUAACCGCAGUUACUGUUUCAAGUAGUCACAAAUAAAACCAAAUUGGAUGGUUUUAAGAAAUGGUCUUUCCUUCAACAUCCUAGUUUUAGUUGAUUAAUUCUUUUCAUAACUGUUUUUGACAUACCCAGGCUUAGCUGCAAAAAAGAAGCGUAUGUUGUAAAUGAACAGCCCCAUAAGGGCUAAUGUUCAGAAUAGUCUUUCUUAUUUACAUGCUUUACUGAAUUAGUGCCUUUUUUUUAGACAGUCUGUAUAGCUAUUUCUAUAGCAUAUUGCUGUUCCUUGCCCCUUCCUUUAGUUGAUGAGAAAUUCACUUGUGUAAAGAUUCACGAACAAAACUGAUUUAUUUUGAUGGUCAGGCGUGUAUUGUUUGAAUCGUGUUUUGAAUAUGCUUCCAUCAGACCAAUUUGGAUCAAUGAUUUUGUGGACAUUAAACGCCUCUGAUUUUUGA